UUCGGCGAUCCCGACGUUCGACGAUCAGUCUGAAAAGCUCCGCGGAACCGACAACAAGUUAAAAAAAUUAUUAAAAAAUUCACGAUGUCGGCCAAAACGGUAGCAAUGCGAGUGGCACUUUUGCUUGUUUUAUUGAGUGCCGUCAGUGCCCAAACGGCUGGAGAUUCUACAAGCGAUUCCAAGACGAUUACCAUUGACAAAAAAGUAGCACAUCAUCAAGCUACUAUACAGCCUUAUUCUACUUACGCAUCCAGAUCACAACAGAGCGCUCAGCACUACCCAAGACCGACUACCAGCAUAAAAUUGAGCGAUGAACAAGUGACGAACAAUCCUUAUCUGCCGAAAGCUGAGGCGAGCACUGGAGUAUCGGACGCAAAGUCGAUCGAGGCGCGCCAUGCCAAAAAUUACAAAGUUCGAUCGCCGAACGGUAACAGCGACGGCUUGGAAAAUUAUUUGAAUAAAGCCGCCAACCCUCAGGAGCCUUUGGACAAACAAACAGUCCAGGAUAUUACCAAUAGCGCAGUAGGUUGCACUCUGGAUUCGAUCGCUCGAAAUAUGAGCAACAAGCCUGGCUCCGUGCAGCAAAAGGCCGAGAACGUUACCGUAACGACAUCGGAAAAGGAAAUAACAACCGAUCUGAUCAACGAGUAUCUGAAAAUAGUCUCACCCCCCGGCGAGCAAGCGCAGGCUAAACAAAUGCAGACAUCGGAAACAUUGAGAACGGCGAUGGCCGAAUUUCAAAAGAGCUUGGCCGACUGCGUGUUAAUGCAAAAAGCUCGCGCGUCCAUGGAAAAGUCCAAUCAGAUCGAAAAUCAAAGCCAGAGCGUUCAGACGGUUCAAAAAACAGUCAGCACGCAAACGCAGCAGCAGCAGCAACAAGCGAUCUCUGGAGCGGUGCAAAAUAGCCAACAAAACGGAGCUGCCGGACUCUGGCAAAAUUCAGCCAACGUAGCCAACAACAUCGUGGGCCAGCCUUUGCAGUCGGCGGCGCAGUACAUUCAAAAGUCGCUCGAUGUCAAUAUCAAUAAUUUGCCUCCGGUGCCUUACAGACAAAAUUUGCAAGUGUCGCAAGGUCAACAACAACAGCAACAACAGCAGCAGCAAAGUCAAUACUAUCAAACGAUCAGUCAAAGCGCAAACAACGCCAAAAUCGGCUACGACGCUUACAACUCCGAUACUUUCGGCUACUCGUAUCCUCAUCUGCUCGAGUACGCCCAGAGCUUGAUGCAAAAUUCCGGCCCGGUGAGCAACCCCUCGGGCGCCAGCAGCAUCUCUUGGAGCUACUCGUCUCAGCCAAGCGCGAGCUACAUCCAGACUUAUCCGAUAAGUUACACCAUUUCCGGAGGCGAGCAGCAGCAGCAGCCCUCUCUGCAGUAUCUGUCGGGCUACGUCGAGAGUCAGUCUCCCGCGAAGAGAGCCGCCCUGGACGACAUCUGGAAGUCGGCCAACAAUUUCGCGGGUAGCAUCGUGGACACGUCGACGAAGAGCGGCCCGGUGACCGGCGGCCAGGUUCUGGGCAGCAUCGGCAACAUCUGGAGCUCGGCGAGCAACUUGGCGCAGUCGAUAGGAGGCGCAGCAACGCCUCGAGGCGGCCAGUUCCCGAUCAAGGCGAGAGCCAUUCCCGUGUCGCCGCCGCAACUCGGGAUGACGCACACGAUACUGCCCGCCUCGUUGCUGCAGCCGGGCGCCAACCUGGCCCAGGAGAUAACGCGCAUCGCCACCGAUCAGCGGCCCAUCACGGCCGAUCGGGUAUUCGACGCGACGAGCUCGCUCUUCCAAGCCGGCCAGAAUCUCUACAAUUCGUACGGCAAUCAGAACGGCGCUGGUGGCCAGGCGGCGCCCGUCCAGCAGUCGGUAGCCUCGCUCUUCCAGCCGGGCCAGGAUUUGGCCAAGAAGAUCACGGAGGUCGCCACGGACCAGAGGCCCAUCACCGCGGACAGAGUGUUGGACGCGACCAGCAGCCUCUUCAAAGCCGGCGAAAAUUUGUACAACGCCAACAGCAACAACAACAACAACGGUGGUGCAGCAGCGGCCUCGAGUGCCAGCGACGUGGUAGGCGCUCAAUUGAGGGCGCUGAGCAGCGCGUGGAGAAACGCCGGUUCGAGCGCGCAGGGCAGCCUCAACGACGCGUUGCAACAGGCCACGGCAGCAGUCAACAACGCCGCCAACCCCGCCAUCACGCGCGGCGCCUUCGGCAUGGGCCCCUACUACGCCGGAGGUUACUUCCCGAGAAAUAGCCAGUCGUCGUCGUCGGCGGCGGGAAGCGUCUACAAUUCCGCGGCCCAGUUGGCCAGCGACAUCAUCGACGCGAGUCAGGCCAACUCGGGCCAGACCGGAUCCGGACCGAACGUCAUUCCUCUGGGGGUAGUUUCCAAGUCGACUCUGGAGAUGGUCGGAAAUAUUCUGAACGCCGCUAACAGCGUGGAUGGCGUGCAUCCACGUUUUUAUCAGAAGAAGAAGUAGAUCGAAUAUCUUCAUACUCAAUCAUGUUAUUCGCUUCAUUUUUGUAUAAACAUUGUUAAACUAAUUUUCUUUUAACAUACGUAACAUAGAAGGUAAAGAGAAUUUUAAUAAUUCUCUUGUUAUACUGUGUAUAAUUACGAUUAUAAGGGUUUUUAAACUUUUUGUAUGGAUACGAUUAUUUGAUAUUUAGCCAAUUUUAUUCGUUGUAAUGCGAUACGUACAAUGUUUGUAAAAUAUGUCUUUUUAAAAAUAAAAAUCGAAAGAUCUUACGGAA